UCUUCUCGUUCCAACCGGCAACCCGUUUUUCCCAUUCCAAGUAUUCCAACCUCUUCUUCUUCGUAAUAAAAUUACCGAAAACUGCCGUAAACCCGCCGGAGAAGGUACUGGUUUGAGCGUCCGGAGAACAUACUGGUUUGUACUCUUCGUUUUAGUGCAAACCGACCGACCUUCCCGGGUGGAUAGAAACAGAGUGGUGACACUGCAGCUGCUCUCUGCUUCUAUAUCUGUAUUACGUGUUUGCUACGUGAAUGUUCCACUAAAUCUAAGACGUAAAUUGAGCUGCCUCCGUAGUAGAGAAAAGGAAAAUGGCGACGACUAAAGCGGCAGGGACCGCAGUUGUACCCAAGUCGGAAGCCAUUUCCAAAGGAUACAACUUCGCUUCUACUUGGGAACAGAAUGCUCCAUUGACAGAGCAGCAGCAAGCAGCUAUUCAGUCACUUUCUCAUGCCGUUGCAGAGCGACCUUUUCCUGCCAAUUUGUCUCAGGAUCAUGCUCUUGGACACCACAAUGGUUUCUCCAAUUCAGCAAAGCAAAAUGCUAUGGAGGAUGGUGGGGCCAUUGAGACUGUCUUGGUCAACACCAAUCAGUUCUACAAAUGGUUUAUGGAUCUUGAGGCAGCCAUGAAAUCAGAGACAGAAGAGAAGUAUCAGCAUUAUGUUAACAACUUGACUGAGCAGAUACAAACAUGUGAUGGAAUACUUCAUCAGGUGGAUGAAACACUUGAAUUCUUCAGUUCACUACAACUGCAGCAUCAAGCAGUGGCAACAAAGACUAAGACUCUUCAUGAUGCAUGUGAUAGACUGCUUAUAGAGAAGCAGAAACUAAUUGAGUUCGCAGAAUCACUUCACAGUAAACUCAGCUACUUUGAUGAAUUGGAGAAUGUUGCUACCAGUUUUUAUUCUCCAAGCAUGAAUGUUGCUAACUCAAAUUUUCUUCCAUUGCUCAAAAGACUGGAUGAGUGCAUAACGUAUGUCGAGAGUAAUCCACAAUAUGCUGAAUGCAAUGUUUACUUGGUCAAGUUUCGACAACUUCAGUCUCGAGCUCUUGGUAUGAUUCGAUCACAUGUUCUUUCAGUUCUUAAAAGCACCUCUUCGCAGGUGCAAGCCUCAAUUCGAAGCAGUGGUGGUAGCAAUGCAGUUGUUUCUGAAGGAGUAGAGGCAUCUGUAACUUAUGUCCGCUUCAAAGCAGCAGCAAAUGAGCUUAAGCCAGUGUUGGAGGAAAUUGAAAGUAGAACACCCAGAAAAGAGUAUGUUCAAAUUCUUGAAGAAUGCCACAAACUUUAUUGUGAGCAGCGGCUCUCCUUGAUAAGAAGCAUAGUUCAGCAGCGUAUCUCUGAAUUCUCCAAGAAAGAGGCAUUACCAUCACUAACUAGAUCUGGUUGUGCAUAUCUAAUGCAGGUCUGUCAGCUUGAGCACCAACUGUUCAAACACUUUUUCCCAUCAUCAUCAGAGGAUAUUUCAAGUUUGGCUCCUCUAACAGAUCCUCUGUGUACAUACUUGUAUGAUACAUUACGACCAAAACUUAUCCAUGAAAAAAAUCUUGAUGUUCUUUGUGAGUUGGUUGAUAUCCUUAAAGUCGAAGUUCUAGAAGAACAAGUAAGCAGGCGGGGUGAGUCAUUAGCUGGGCUACGUCCAACAUUAGACAGAGUUUUAGCAGAUGUUCAUGAACGAUUGACUUUUCGUGCCCGUACAUAUAUUCGCGACGAGAUUGCAAAUUAUUUUCUUGUGGAUGAGGAUUUGGAUUACCCUAGAAAGUUGGAGCCAUCAGCUGAAACAAACUCAGAAGCAGAAGCAGCUUUGCUGGCUGAUCAAAAUGCAAUCAAAAUGUGGUACCCUCCCCUGGAGAAAACUGUAUCUUGCCUGUCAAAGCUGUAUAAUUCUCUAGAGCCAGCCGUUUUCACUGGUUUGGCACAGGAAGCAGUAGAAGUGUGCUCUCUAUCCAUUCAAAAAGCUAGCAAACUUGUUAUAAAGAGAUCAUCUCUGAUGGAUGGGCAACUGUUCCUAAUAAAGCAUCUUCUUAUCCUAAGGGAGCAGAUUGCACCAUUUGAUAUUGAAUUCUCGGUCACGCACAAGGAGCUUGAUUUUUCACAUUUAUUGGAACAACUCAGGCGGAUUCUUAGGGGACAGGCAUCAAUUUUUGAUUGGUCAAGAUCAACUUCAUUGGCAAGGACGUUGUCUCCACGAGUUUUGGAAAGCCAAGUUGAUGCCAAGAAGGAACUGGAGAAAAGCCUAAAAUCUACUUGUGAGGAGUUCAUUAUGUCAGUCACUAAGCAAAUUGUGGAGCCCUUGCUUUCUUUUGUUACCAAGGUUACUGCUGUUAAAGUUGCACUAUCUGGUAGUCAAAAUCAAAAGACUGAAUCUGCAAUUGCAAAGCCCCUCAAGGAUCAAGCUUUUGCUUCUAUGGAAAAGAUUGCUGAAAUUCUUCAAAAGGUUAAUGCAGCGAUUGAUCAAGAUUUGCCUAGGGUUUUGGAAAAGAUGAGGCUUUAUCUACAGAACCCAUCUACACGUGCAAUACUUUUCAAACCAAUAAAGACUAAUAUCAUUGAAGCAUAUUCUCAAGUAUUAUCACUUCUGAAAAAAGAGUAUUCACCAGAGGACACACAAAAUAUUUUGAAUAUGAUCUCAUUAGAGGAUCUGGAAGUAAAACUUGACAGCCUCCUGUAAUGUAAUGAUACCAUACUGUCCACACAUAGAGGCACCAGUUUCGGCACAGAUUCAGCAUGGAAGGACCCUUUCACGAGUAAAAACUAUAUAUAAACCUAUAUGUUUUGCCCCUUGCAGUAUUUUUCAUCAUCACAAAGAACCACCAGCUCUGUAUGAUAGAGAAUUAGAGGUCCGAUUAUUCAAUUUAUUACCCCAGCGAGGAAACAGUGAGGCAUUUGUUUUCCCAGAGUUUUACAAGUUUUUUGAUAUGUAUUAUUGAUGUUAUAGAGUAGCUAGGAUAAGUUCAUAUUCAAGUAUCAAAGUAGAAUUGUGUAGCAGACUGCCAAUGGAUCUCAAUGCUUGUGGUUUUGAAUGUCUUAUAAAUGUAGUAGAGGGUAAUAAACUAUCUGCUAGUUCUUAGUCUCGUGCAUUCAUUUGAUUGACACAGAAUUCUCAAAA